GUGAUUCGAACGCUACAGCGUCGUAGCCCGCCAUCAUGGCGCCUGCGAACGAAGUAGACAUGUCUAUCGACUACUAUGAACUGUUGGCUAUUCCAGCAAACGCCAGCGAGUCGGAAAUCCGACGGGCCUAUCGAAAAACCUCGCUCCUCUACCAUCCUGACAAGGUUAAACCAACGCCAGAAAAUCUUGACAAAUUUCAGCUACUACAAACUGCUAUAAACAUCCUAACAGACUCUGCCGAAAAAGCUAAAUAUGACCAAAACAGAGAGGCAAAACAGCGGCGCAAGGCCGAAAAUGCUGCCCUCGAAUCUCGACGGAGGACCAUGAAGGAGGAUCUGGAAAGAAGAGAAAAAGACGGUGGCGGCCUCGGAUUCAUACCUAGCGUUAAUGGGCAAAAGAGAACUUGGAGUGACCGCGAGUUGGAAAUCAAAAGGAUUGCGGAAGAGAACCGUAAGCGAAGAGAAGACGCAGUCAAAGCAAAAACACAAGAGGCGCAAACCCAGGCACAAGCGGAAGAAAAACCUACAGAAUCCCUUGAGCGAAGUGUCAAGGUUCGGUGGAUUAGAGAGGGUGACGGACUGGACAUUGAUGCUGAUGCUUUGGAAGAGGCUUUUGCAGCAGGUCAAGUUGAAAAUGUUUUGAUGUUGAAGGACAAGAAACGCAGAAUCGAAGGUCGAGACAAGAAGGUAUUGCUUGGAACAGCCGUCAUCAUCUUCAAAUCUCUUGCCAUGGCCAAGAAGGCUGUGGUGCAGGGCCCUUGGGAAGGCAUCGAGAGCAUUGCUUGGGCCGCCGAAAAGGGGGACGACACAUGAAAUCCGUGAUAAUAUCUGCGAACCAACCACUCACUCCAGAACGACAAAUGAUCAUCGGAAGCCAACACGAUGGAGAUCCGCGCUGCAUGAGCGGUCUCUGUCUGCUCGAUAAAACAGUAAGACGCAUGACUGCUACAUAUGGCACCGUGACCCACAGUCAUUUCUGGCUUGUCCAUUUGCAUCUUUCCUGAUGCACGACCUGGUCAUGCAGACGAUCAAGGAAUUUGCGCACAUGAUUUUGCUUGGUCGUACCGUACUAUGAACUGAGCCUAGAGAACUCUGUGAACAGGCAGAAGGGAUACCAACCAUACUCGACUAAACUCAGACAAGAUCAUUUUCAUGGGAAUGACCAUGGUGGAGACUCAAGAAGCCUCUCCAAGCCUCUCCUCUGGAUCAGAGUUUCGAGAGCGUCGAAGAAUGAUCUGAUACAAGGUCUCAAAAUGCACCCAUCCAAUCAGUUGAGAUGCCACAGAAAGAUGGAGCUCCACACUGCCUUGAUCGAUGCAAUCUCAGACUGCCACAAGACAGCAAAAAUGAGCAGAUGAUGGUGUUUAAGUGGGUCUCGAAACCUUAAUCCAACUCACGUCGAACGGAUUUCCACAUUUUCUAAUGUUUCUGCCUCCAAGGUCCACCACAUCAAUGGAGCUCAACGCAAUGAAAGACCAUUCACAAGCGAACCCAGCCUCGAUUAUUUGUCGAACCGACUCAUGAUCAUUUUGAAGUUUUCCUCACUCUGGUUGAACCAAAGUGAGGAUGCGCCAUCCACCAAUCCUAUUCUCAACCGCCAGCGACAUUCAACAAGCUAGACAAUAUCAUCUAUUCAACCUCG